CUGCCACUUAUUAUGUUGUGCUCUGGGUAGUUAUUUUGUGCUCUGUACUGUAUUGUUCUGCCUGCUGGUAAUGGGAGUUCAGGGGCUGGUCUGUGGAAAAGAAUUUCCCUUUGGGGACAAUAAAGUCUAGUCUUAAGUCUUCAUAACUGAAUUUUCUCUUUUUCGCAUCAAUCUCUGUAAACCCGAGAGAUAGUUGUGAGAGAAAAUCCCAGUAGAUCAGCUGUUCCUGGAAUACUUUGCUAUUUGUGGUAACAAGCAAUAAAGGGGCCAGUGAGUGUACUUGUACCGGACUGACGAUUGAACCAACAUGCAUUUUUAAAGUGUGGAACAUUCAUGCUGAACAGGCUUGGCAGAGAUGGAGUUGAGUUGACCAGAACUACAACCCUCUUAUACAGUAGCUUUUACUCUUGUAACACAGAGAUGGCACAACGCUGACUGAAUGGCUCUAAGGCAGAUGUGGAACCCAAUUUUAAUCUUACAUUUGAGCAAAGAAAAGUCACCCAGGAAGAACAACAAAGCAGUGACAAGAACAAAAUCUGUACAGGUCCUGGAUGGAGUGAACGUCAACACCAAUGAUCCAGACCUGAUUGUUCGUUGCAGUUUGGACCUGUCCUGAGCCAACCCACGUUGCAAUGGACGAACACGGGACAAACUGAUCCGACCAAGUAUUGAGUGCAUGUACAGCAUACUUUGCAGUGUGCUGGUAUUUCUAUAGCAAAACUCCUUUUUAUUUGUCAGAUCUACUAUUCCAAUUUAAAGAAAUACAAAAUUUAGUGUUUCCCUUUAGCUGUAAGCCAUGAUAAUCAAAUUUACAAAAAUAAAAGGUUGAAUUACAUUACCAAAAUAAAUUAAUGAUGAUUAACUGAUUUUUGUUUUUUUUACCAUGAAUGACAGGAAGGUCAAAAAUGUCUGGACUUUUUUCUAUGUCGGUGUGAUUGUUGUUAUUGUUUUUCUUCCAUAAAUGCAACAUGGUCAAGAUACAGAGACAGUUUCAGUGUCUGCAGAUAUGUUCAAACUGAGUUUCCUUUGACUGGAGUUCCAACCACAUUACCUCCAAACACUUCCCUGACGUGUUAAGCUGGUUUGCUGAACAGUUUGAUGGAGAGCUGGUCGGAUGACAGCUGGAACUGUUGUCAUAACUGGAGGAAUACUGGCCACAGUGAUACUUCUGUGUAUCAUAGCCGUGCUCUGCUACUGUAGACUCCAGUACUACUGCUGUAAGAAGAAUGGGUCCGACAACGGCUCCAUCUCCCAGCAACACUUCGCCUGCAACUCCUGCAGCGUCUCCGGCCUGGACGGACCCAUCAUCACCCCUCUCUCGCUGUCGCCACCGGAGCCAGCUAAAUCCCUCAACCCCACCAAACCUACCAUGGGGCAACGCCGCUACUGUCCCACCUGCUCACCCUACGACUCCCCUUUUUACAUUCGUACCACUGAUGAGAUACGCAACGGCGGUCAGCGCAUCACUUACAUGCCAACACACUAUGAGAACCAGGCGCUGGCAACGCCAUUGCCCGCAGGCUCCCUGCUGAGGGACACCCAGCGUGGUCGGCCUCCCGAUUUCUACACCAACACCAGAGCCAUCAGCACCGAGGUGUGACCACCUCAUGUUUCCCGUCUCUACACACCAGCGCCACUGAAAAGAUACAACCACUAUUGUAUAUUCUGGCUUUCACUGCAGAUGCCAGUGAGUUUGUGGAGGCAACACAUUUAUAGACAAUGUAGGUUGUAAUGGAUUUAGCUGAGAAUUAUUUUAGCCAGAUCUGGGGAUGGAAAAUAGGGAUAGAUGAGUUCCUCCUUAUUAUUUUCAAAAAAGAACUGAUCCUCAUAAAUGUCCCUAUAAGCACCUAAUUAAGGGUAGGUCUGCUGGCUGUUAAUGGAUCUUUAUCCACCGAGGGCUCUCUAGAUCCAUGUAUGACUUUCCUGUGCUAUGUGUCUUCUUCCAAACUUUAAUGUGAUGAGAUGUACACAUUAAUUAAAAACAGACUGAAAUGUUCAUUUUUUUUUUUUUUUUGGCACUAGUGGCCUUUAUUUUUAUUUUUGACAGUAGGCAGACAGGAAAGAGGGGUAGAGACGGGGAGACAUUCGGCAAAUGUCGCCGGGUCCAGGACUCGAACCCAGGACGGCCACUUUGAGGACUGUAGCCUCUGUAUAUGGUCGCACGCUUAACCCCUACACCAUAAGCACCAUGCCCUGAAACGUUCAUAUUUUUUAAGUAUAGCUAAUAAACAGCAAAGUUUGUUGAUUUGUGCAAGCAUGGGUUGCACAACGUGUGCAGCAGGGAACGUCUGGAUUUGAAUCCACUAUGCAAGGUCGUCUGUCAACACCAUAGCUUUUCAUUUCCAGCCGUCUCCUUUCAGCAGUUUUUACGCUGAACCUUAUAUCUGGGGAAUAUUGUCAACAUGUAAGAUUGAAUCAUAGUACACAUGUAGAUAGACAUAAAAAACAUUUGAUAGCCCUAUAUAGUGGAACCUGUACCUUUCCUGAAAUAAAUGGUUACUUUCCUGGUACUUAUAGGCUACUUUUCGCAAACUUAUAGGUUUCUUUCCAGGUAAUUACCAGUUAAAAUAUGAUCAGGUAAAAUCUUGGAAGUUUCAUGUAACUCACUGGUUAUUUUCCCAGCUCCUGUACCAAGUGCUUUCCCAAAAGUUAUUUUCCUUUAACAUUCAGGAAACUGAAACUACAUUUCAGGUACUUUCCUGGAAAGUUCCAGAUUCUAAGUCUUCUCAUAAAAGUACUCUCUGAGCAAGUUCCAUAAAAGAUUUGAAAUGGUACCUGGUAAGUUCCAGGACAGUAACUAAUAUGCUUCAGGAAAUUUCUAGGAAUGUACCUUUUAAGUUCUAAAACCUUACUACUAAGUUUGCAGAAAGUACCAAGUAAGGUCCAACAGAAUUCCUAAAAAGGACCUGGGAAUUUACUGAAAGUAAAUGGUAAGUUUGAGGAAAGGUCCUGGAAAGUAACUGGUAGGUUCUGGGAAAGCACCGGGUAAAUUCCAGGACACUUUCUAGCAAUGUAUCUUGCAAGUUCCCGGAAUGUUUUUGGAAAAUACCUGAUAACCAUCAAGAAGGUUCCAGUAAGUCCAGGUUUGUUGGAAAAGAUCCUACUGAACAUGGUGUUUCAAUACUUUUUUAACAUGUAGCUAAAUGUGACAGAGCCUGACCUCCUGAUAUGCUUAAAAUGAACCCAGUGACUUUCUCUUCUCUGAAAAACAUGCAAAAACGUUAUGUAAAUAUUUACCGAAAAGCAAUCUCUCAAUCCCACUGUGUUUUUGAAAGACAGUAGGGAUCUGAACAUGUGGAAUAAGGGGGUUUUAUUAGUUUGUAGGAUUUCUUCUACACUCUCAUUCUUUACUCGUCUUUCUCUCCUACUCCCAUAUUAAAUAUCUGAAAUGCAAACAUUCCUACAAUUAAUUUUUUCACAUUCUGUGCACAUUUUGUGACUGAAAAACUUUCAUUAUACACCUUGUUUUCACUUAGUAUUGCCCAUUCCAAAUGACGUUUCCUGUCAUAUUGGUCUUCUGUGUACAGCAUGGCUGAGGAUUUGGAGCAAUAAACCUUCACGACUUGAAAGGUGUGAAAUCAUCAACAAGUUUUAAGACCUAUUUAGACGGGUCCGACAUCAAUACAUGUCUUUAAUAAAUAUAAACAUCCAUAACCUCUUACCAGCAAGGGCAUAGGUGAAAUUUAUCAAUAUUCCUUUUGUUAAUAAACAAAUGAACACAUUAUAAAUGCAGUGAAUACUUAUUUGUGAACUAAGCAUGACCCGUUCUCAUUACAGCUUCUUUCAUACAUAAACUACAUAAAAUUAUACAAAACUGAGUUCACAAAUAAUCCAUAAGAUUUCAUGUCAGUGGGAUUCUGUAAAAUACAGUAAUCCAUGUGGCUGUCAUUUUGAACAGCUGUAACUUCCUUCAAUUAUUUAAGUAGUGUAGUAACUAUUUUACUGUUUACUUAACCAGUUAUAUUUAAAAGAAUAAAAAAAAAAAUGUUUUAAAUGUGGUUCCAAAGAAAAUUGUACAUCAUAACUUUAAAAGAAGGAGUAUUUGGUGGUGUUAACUUUUGACAAUUAAAUGUUUAUAAGUCUA